AUGCUAGGUUACAUAUUCAUUUUUUUUUUUAAGUCCAAACUUAUUUGCUAUAAAAUCUGACAUAGUACAAAGAAAAUAAUAAAUAUAAUUCAUUUGUUGAAUAAAUGUAAUUACAUAUAACUAGUAGAAAAUGAAUGACACAAACAUUUUGAAAGUCGUUAACUCAUCCAAAGCUAUUUUGCGAUCGUACAGCACUUACAGCCAUGCUGUUGUGGGACCAGACAAUUUGGUUUACGUCACUGGUAUUUUACCGAUCGAUAAAACAUCAGCAAUUCCAAAAUUAAUACAGGGUGGAAUUGAGGAACAAUUAGACCAAGUUAUGGUAUACCUAAAAGCAAUUUUAGAAACGGCUGGUUCUUGUCUUAAUAAUGUAGUCAAAACAAGACUGAGCUUGAAACAUUUAAGUGAUAAAAAUGCCAUUAACGAGAACUACAAAAAAUAUUUUAACAGCCCAUAUCCUGCGAGGUUGUACGUACAGUGUGAAGAAACAGCCUUGUUUACUUCAAUUGGAAGCAGUAGCGGUAGUUGGCGAUAUUAAAAAAUUAGUUGUUGAGAAAAUAAAUAUAUAAAUGAGAUACUUGUAAUAAAUAAUAAUUUAUCUUGAAAUAAAUUUAAAUUAAAAACUAUAGUUUUACUUAAUGUCAUAACAAAAAUCAUAGUUGGGUGGAUCAGCAGGCACGGGUGGUGGAUCUUGAGGUAUGUCUACACCGACUCCUUCUGCGUCCAAUAAUCUCAACUUUAUUUCCAUUGAUAAUAAUGUUUCGAGAUCAUUUUCAGCUUCUUUACUAGUCAUCUUAUUACCUAAAACAUAACAUUAUU